AUGAUCCUGCUUCCUCAUUUGGACUCAUUCACCUCAGCUGACACAUUCAACAGCAGACAGGUUUUUGUAGCAGUCUGUCUCACUGUGAGAGGAAAUGGCUACCUCGUCUUUGGCUCUGGAACUAAACUGUCUGUAACAGAUGAGCAGGUAGUGAAGCCCGUGGUGAGCGUGUACCCAGCAGCAUCCAGAGCCCACCUGGAGGGGAACAGCUCCCUGCUGUGUGUGGCCUCAGCCAUGUUUCCUCCUCUGGUCCAGUUCUCCUGGAAAAGACAGAAGAAGAACGGCGGAGAAGCGGAGGAGCUGCCCCCUGCUGAGGGAGAGCAGCUGGAGCUCAGAGAGUCGGGACACAGGGCCUCCAUCUUACUGAUCAAUCAGCAGGAGAAAAACACAUAUAGAUACAGCUGCUCGGUGAAGCACGAGGGGGGCACAGUGGAGGCCCAAACACAACAAGAGGUUCCAGCUCCAGCAGCCUCCUGUCCUCCAGAGAGAGAGCCAGCAGACCUGCCAGCUCUGCAGCCAGCUGACUUGUCCUUCCAGUCUCAGUGCAGGGUGAAGCUGCUCUGCCUGCUGUACACAGUGCUGAUAGUGAAGAGUCUGGUGUACUGCUGUGGACUCUCUCUGCUGAUGAUCCUCACAAACAAGGGAGCGUCCACCAACUGCACACAUGCUGACUGACUGUUUUCUGCUCGCCUUUUCUCACCAUCAAAUCUCAUCAAUUCAUCUCAUUCAUCACUUUGAUCAGUAUCACAAAUGUUAGUUAUGAUGUGUUGUGCUUAUUUUGGCUUUUUAUUCAAUAGUUAGAAGAUCAUCUGAAAUAAAUACAUCUUUACAUGUAUUGUUAC